CAACACAGAGAGCGGCUCAUACUCACAGCAAAAUAGAGAAAAACUGAGAGAGAGAGAGAGAGAGAGAGAGAGAGCUUUUUUCCAUGGCAGUUUCUUCAAUCUCUGCAACACUAAUUCCUUCCAUUCCAUUGCCCAAUUCUUCUUCAUUUCCUUCCAAACCAAAACUCUCUUCUGUCUCUUUCUACACUUGUAAAGCCUCAAAGCUCAAAGCCCUUAAACCCUCACUACCAUCUACCAGGGUUUAUGCUGCUCCUGAAGUGUUGGAAUCCCCAGAAACUCUAGACCCACCUCUAGAAACCCCAGAUGAGUCUGACCCUACUACAACCUUUGAGGUUGGAGAUUCCGAGACACCCAGUACUUCUUCACUCAGUAUUGGUGCAGAUGCAGACUCGAUGGCCCCAAAGCAGAAAAUCAGAAUUAAGCUUAGAUCAUACUGGGUGCCCCUAAUAGAGGACUCCUGCAAGCAGAUAUUGGAUGCUGCAAGGACUACAAAUGCAAAAACCAUGGGUCCUGUUCCAUUACCAACCAAGAAGCGAAUCUAUUGUGUUCUUAAAUCACCACAUGUGCACAAGGAUGCAAGAUUCCAUUUUGAGAUCCGUACACACCAGCGCCUCAUUGAUAUUCUUUACCCAACUGCGCAAACAAUUGAUUCUUUGAUGCAACUUGAUCUUCCUGCUGGUGUUGAUGUGGAGGUCAAGCUCUGAAGAAAAGUGCUGCAGCUUAGGUUCUGGAUUGCUUCCUAGAGCAAAUAUCCCUUAGAGAUGUCAUUGUCGAGAUUUGCCUUGUAGAGGGGUGAUCACAGGAACAAGUUCAUUGAACAGUUGGCCUGUUCUCAAAAGUGUCUUUUGUGGAUUUCUUGUAAGCAAUAUCCUAUAGAAAAUUGAAACCACUGACCUCUUGAAUUAGUUGUUAGAGCUGGAUGAAAAAUACCAAGAUUUAUGACGUCUUGAAUGUUUAAUGAGCAGUGUUUUACUAUAUUCUAGUUCUUGUCAGAUUAGUAUGUGCUGUGACACAUUAUCUUGUAUUUUUUCAUAAAUAUGAAGUAGAUUUGAUAUAAAAGGUAGAAUGAGAUGAAAAGUUUACCACGUGUUA